AUGAUUCAUUCAGUUCUGAUAUUCAACAAGAAGGCGCAACCCAGAUUAGUCAAGUUUUACACCCCCGUCGAGCUGCCUCAGCAGAAGCUUCUGAUAGAACAGGUCUACGAUUUGAUAUCUCAUCGUAACAGUGAAUUUCAAAGUUCUUUCCUGACAACUCCACCCUCGCUGCUCCGUUCAGACUCUGAUGAUCUUGCAGAUGAUCAGGGCAUACAGGUUAUCUACAAAAACUAUGCGACUCUGUACUUCACGUUUAUAGUGGACGAUCAGGAGUCUGAACUCGCCAUUCUGGACCUAAUCCAGACAUUUGUGGAGUCACUCGACCGCUGCUUCACGGAAGUCAACGAACUGGACCUAAUAUUCAACUGGCAAACUCUCGAGAGCGUGCUAGAGGAGAUAAUUCAAGGUGGGAUGGUCAUCGAAACUAGCGUGCCCAAAAUCGUAGCUGCUGUCGACCAGCUCAACAGAAGCUCUAACACGGAGAGCAGAGUGGCCCGAUUCUCGGGAGCAGGAAUAGGGAACGCCCUGCAAGCGUUCGCGCAAACGGGGUUCUCUACUUGGGCCUCAAGCCAAUGA